AUGAGCGCUGCACCUUCUAGAUCAGGUUCACCAGCAGCUGCGUUAGUAGUUGCAGAAAAUAAUAAUUCUAUAUACGCUAAAGAAUAUCCCUUGAAUGCUAUCCCUCAAAAUCUAAAAUCUGUUGAGUUCCCACUAUUUUUAAAAAAUGAUCAAAGUGUAUCCAAGGUGAUUAACAAUAUGUGCGGUGGCAUCUAUAAGAUUAAUAGUGCUUUUAGGGAAAAUUUAGACUACAGCACAGAUAAAUGUUUGGAGUUGUACUUGAAUAAAAAUGAUAAAACAAUUGACGGAAACAAUUGGGAUAAUAAUGGGGAUAAUUCUGAGAAUGAUUUUUUUAAUGAGCAUCCAAUCAUAGGUAAGUCUGACAACGAUGAAAAGUUAUUAAUAAAAAUAACAAUAACAAGAAAAAAAAAGAGUCAGACAGAUGGUGAUGCAAGUACCGGUACUUUACUGGAUAACUUAAGAAGUUGUGAAGCUUUUAAAGUACAGCCUUUAGGUGUGAUUAAUAAAACAAUAAAAUUUAGAUACAUAAGUGAUUUUCAAACCAUUUUGGACAACAAUAAAAGUGCUGUGGAGUACAAUCAAAGUAUAAAUUCUCUAGAUUGGGAUAAAAUUAAGACAUUUGUCGAAGAUAUUCCUGAUGAGGAUCCUAGGCCAUUUGAACCAUUGUUUAAUGAUAAGAAAAAAUAUUAUCUACCACCACCUCCCAAAUUUAGCAUGGUCCAUCUUCCCUUUAUUUAUGAAUAUAAGAAAAAUCCAUAUAGUGAUUCAAGAGGGGAAGACGUUAGAACUUCAUAUUUGAAAAGUUAUCAAAUACAAAUUUCAAGCAGAUCAGAUGUACCUGAGCAGCCACAUCAAAAAUUAUUGGAUAAUUUAGCAAUUGCGAAGGAGACAGGAGUCUACCCCAAAACAAAUAAGGAAUCCCAGUUCUAUGAACAAUUGUUAAAAUGUGUUGAACAUUUAGAAAAUUUGUUUAAUAAGAGACCAAUUUGGCUGAAAAAACAUUUAGAAGGUAUUAUCGUCAGCGAUAAUGAAACAAACAACAAUAAUACCGCUUGGGGCCCAAUUUUGAAAUUCGGUUUAGCAGUUGUUUCCUACAGGUUUUUGAAAGGCCCUUGGAGAAAUUCAUAUAUUAAGUUUGGUGUCGAUCCAUAUUCGAGUUUUUCAUAUGCCAAAUACCAAACAGAAUUUUUCAAGAUUGAAAAAAAAAUAUUGGAUAGGCUAUUAUAUGAAAAAUAUAAAAACGAAAAGAAAAACGUUAAUGAUCUUGUUGUCACACAUCAUGAUUAUAGCAGUAUAUCGCCACAAUGCCCUAAAAUUUAUGAAACUGACACUAAAGAGUGGAUCGAUAGCAGAUUUUAUUUUGAUGGAACAUAUAUUCCUUGGUAUUUAAUGAUUCCGGUGGAUCUAUUACUAAAGGAGUCCAAUAUAAAGGAAAUAUAUGACAAAGCUGUUUUCCUGGAUAAACCAAACGAACUUACCGGCUGGUUUCAUGAUUUGGAUCUAUUGAAAAUUAGGAAAAUAGUUAAAUAUGAAUUGGGAUGUUUGGCUCAAAAUAAUGACAAAUUUGACAAGAAGAUUAUAGAGGAAUACAAAAAACUAAGAGAUGUUAAGGCAACUGGACCUGAAAUAACUUCUACUGAUAUCAUUACUGAUAAGCGUGAUAAUAUCAGGCAAUCUUUGGACUUUAAUGUGACAAUGAAUGAAAAACAAAUGAUAGACGUAGUGAAAAAAUAUGAAAAUGAAUCCUUGGAGGAAGAUGACGAUAAUAACAAUGGUAUUAAAACUGGUGUUACAGAUGAUAAUAUGGUAGAAGAUAUUGGAGAGGAUGGUGAUGCUGAUGAAGUACAAAGUGAUAGUAGUUUUACUGCAAAUAAUGCUAGUUAUAUGGAAAUACUCGAACAAAUAUCCAAAAUGCACCCAGAAAUUUCAAAAUAUUUAAAAGAAAAUGUUGAUGGGAUCAUAAAAGGUGAUUUAGUGGAUAACAUUAAAUAUUGA